AUGGCCUUUCGAAAUGUUCGACGUAUUCGUCGACAACAAAUGAGUAAUACUCGACGACUACUUGAUCAACAAUUGACAGCUAUGAUUCUUGCUCGUGUGAUACUUUUUGUUCUUUGUCUUUUACCUUAUAUUGCACAAUGUUUCUACACUAUGAAUACACAGAAUCGUAACAAUCAAACACUUCAAAUCGCAAUUGAACUACUUAUCACAGCUAUCAACAUGUCGAUUAGCUAUCUCAAUGUUUCGGUAUGUUACUCUAUUAGUUAUCAUGAUCACUUUGAUUUCAUUUAUGCUUAA